UAUAGUCUGUAGUUCCUUAGUAUCGGCAAAUACCAAUUAAUAAUUAUAUUUAUUGCAUCGUUCUGUAAUUCUAGUGGUUAGAAAUUAGAAUAUAUUUUACAAGCGAGAAAAUAUUCGCUGUCAGCUGACAGCACCUAUAUCCAUUACUAAGGGAGAUUUGGUAGAAGGAUAUGUUUCGACUUUUAUUUUUGUUAUUUUCGAUUGUUGUGAUAGCUUUCGAUGAUGACCCUGCACAACAAUUACCAGCAUUUAAAGAAAGGACUAAGGGGCCUAUCGGACUAAUGACGACAAGUAAUGGUGUGCCAGUUCCCUAUAGAGAGGUAUCUAGUUCUUUAAAUACCAAGUUCCUGUUUAAUGAAUACUUAUUGGAUUCUAUCACACACAUUAUACGAGAACGUAUCCCGGAACGUUUCGUUCACGCAAAGGGAGCUGCCGCUUUUGGUUAUUUUGAAGUGACCCACGACAUAACAAAUAUAUGUAAGGCGAAACUAUUCAGUGCUGUUGGGAAAAAAACUCCAAUAGUUGCUCGUUUCUCUCCGAUUAAUCCUGAGAGAGGAGGAAGUGACCUUUACAGAGACGCAAGAGGUUUUGCUGUAAGAUUCUACACAGAAGAUGGAAAUUUUGACAUGGUCGGAUUCAAUACACCCAUGUUUUCUAUUAAAGAUCCUAUCUAUUUCACGACAUUCACACACUCACAGAAAAGAAACCCAGCUACAAAUUUGUUUGACUCUAACAUGCUUUGGGAUUUCGUAACCGAGCGUCCUGAAUCCAUGCAUAUAUUUUUAAUGGUUUUCGGCGAUAGAGGUAUACCUUAUGCGAUUCGAAAUUUACCAGGUUUUAAUAUUCAUACUUAUCAAGUAGUAAAUGAAGCUGGUGAAUAUUACUUUGUGAGAUUCCAUUUCCUACCAAAUUCUGGAAUUAAACAUAUGGAUGCGGAACAAGCCAGAAUUAUAAGUGGAAUAGAUAGCGAUUAUCUUAUAAGAGGUUUAUACCGAGAUAUUGCUAAAGGUGAUUUUCCUUCAUGGUCGGUGUCUUUGCAAAUACUUACACUAGAAGAUGUGAAAAAUGCGGAUUUCAAUGUGUUCGAUGUAACAAAAGUACUCCCAUUAGACAAAUAUCCUUUACAUCCGAUCGGUCAAAUGGUUCUUAAUAAAAAUUUCGAUAACUAUUUCGCCGAAGUUGAACAGUUAGCUUUUAGCCCUUCAAAUUUGGUUCCUGGUAUACUGGGAGGCGCUGACAAAAUCUUCGAAGCAAGGCGAUUAGCAUAUCGCGAAGCGCAGUAUUAUCGUUUAGGAGUAAACUUCAAUAAGAUCCGCGUUAAUUGUCCAUUUAUGGGUCAUCCAUUAACAUACAAUCGUGACGGAACUGCUCCUGUGAGAGACAAUGAGAGGGACAUUCCGAAUUACUAUCCAAAUUCUUUCAAUGGGCCAAUUCCCUACAUGGAUUAUAAUACCACUAAAUUAAUAGAUAUUGUAGAGGAUGAACCUAAUAACUUUGACCAAGCACGAGAUUUAUACCAGAAUCAAAUGUCAGCGGAUGAGAAAGAAAGGUUGAUUGAUAAUAUAUUAUACAGCUUGGCGACAGCGACUAAAUUUCUUCAAGCAAGAGCAAUUACACUUUUAUCUACCAUCCAUCCUGAUCUCGGUAGUAGAGUAGAACAAGGCUUGUUAUCAAAUAUGACUGAAAAUUAUAUGAAUUUGAAAAAAUAGUGUUAUGCCUAAAUAUUUUAUUAUUUAAAUCUUAUUUCAUUCUUUUGUGCUAAUAAAAAAAAUUUAAUAUAUUA